UUGUCGAUUAACGCGCGAGACCAGGAGCUCGAGCGUUUCACAUGAGCGUGCGCGUCAAUCACGUUCUCCUCAGGUGUGUGGUUUAACGGUUUCUUUUUUUUUUCUUUUAAAAAAAAAAACGUUUUAAAGUUUGAAAGUUUAGAAAGGUAAUCAUACAGACAGAGAAGUAAACCUGAAGGAUUAUUCUGCUGUAAACGAUGUAGGGAAGUGUUUAGGCCGGGUUUAAGGCUGAUAUGCUGGGUGUUCGGUGGCUGGUGGGCUGCUCGGCGCUGGUGGCCUUGUCGGCCGGGUUCGACGCGGAGAGAUGCAGAGAUUUAAACGUGUCGAUCAACGUCGUGCUGCCGGCUGAUGACGACUCACCGUGGAGCUUGAAUUAUGUCCGCUUCGCUGUGGAAAAAGCCAUCGAGGAGGAAAAUCUCAUUAAUAAUCGAACAGGCCUGAACUUCACGAUCAGGAGCAUCUUCCGUGGGUAUAACACCACACUUUACAGACGCCGAGGGUGCGGGAGCAGCACGUGUGAAGGAGUGGAGAUUCUCAAAUCACUACACGAAACCAGAGAGGUCGGCUGUGUGAUGCUCGGACCGUCCUGUACAUAUGCCACGUUCCAGCUGGUGGAUCAGGAGGUGGGUUUGACUCUGACCAUACCUGUAAUAUCUGCGGGGAGUUUCGGCCUGUCUUGUGACGGUAAGGAAAAGCUGACUCGUCUGCUGACUCCGGCCCGGAAAGUCUCCAGCUUCUUUGUUCAUUUCUGGAAUGUGACGGUGUACAGACUCAAGCCCAAACGCUGGAAGACAGCUUACGUUUACAAACAACAGAGCAUCUCUGAGGAGUGCUUUUGGUACAUUAAUGCGCUGGAGGCAGCGACGGCUCAGUUUUCCACGCUGAUCAACAGGAAGGUGUUGCGCAGUAAAGAAGAGAUUGCAUCGGCUUUGUCAGAUGCAGACAGACACAGCAACAUCUUCAUCGUGUGCGGCGGCCCAGACGACAUCGCCUCCAUUAAAAACGGGACGAACGUGAACAAGGACAUCGCCUUCAUCCUUAUAGACAUUUUUAAUCAUGGAUAUCACAUCAACACAUCAUCGUAUGACUUUAUGAGGGACGUACUGGUGCUGACCAUGCACAACAUACGCAACUGCACUCUGCCCGACUGGCCCCACCAUGACACUACUCUGAAUGAUUACGUCGCAGGUUAUUAUGACGCCGUGGUUCUCUUUAGUGAAGUGAUGAGGAAGAUGUUACUCGCGAGUCAGGGCCUGGGCUCAGGAAACACCACCAACAACACCCCCAGCGACAAUCCCUUCCGAAACCUGUCCUUUGAGGGAUUGGGCGGUCGCUAUGAUUUGGAUAAAAAUGGAGACAGAGAUGUGAAUUUUUCAUUGAUGUACACAACCAGCACGAUUCAGUAUAAGACACUGUUUGUGUUCGACACCUCCAAUGACAAGACCACGCUGAACCAUAGCAACCCCGAUCUGCCCUGGGCAGGCUCUCGACUGCCUGACGACAAACCUGAUCACGGCCUGGAGACGCACGAUAUCAUAAUGAUUGUGCUUGGAAUCAGCGUUGUACUUGCUACCGCUAUUGCGUUAAUCUUCUACAGACAGAACAGGAAACAGCGCUACGAUCAGAAGAAAUGGUCUCAUAUAAACUCAGAUCUCAUCACGCCCCUAGACAACAAACAGUCAAGCUACAUCUCUCUCAAAAUCGAUGAGGAUCAGAGGAGAGACAGCACAUAUCAGAUUCGGAGAGGACGCUACGACAAAAAGCCUGUCAUUCUCAAAGAGCUGAGGCAGUCUGAUGGAAAUUUCUUUGAAGAACAGCGCAUUGAACUCAACUCUCUGCUGCGGAUCGAUUACUAUAACCUCACAAAGUUCUAUGGCACUGUGAAGUUCGAGUAUGGAGUGUUUGGCGUGUUUGAGUACUGCGAGAGAGGUUCUCUGAGGUAUGUCCUCAACGAUAAGAUCUCAUACCCAGAGGAGAGCUUUAUGGACCUGGAGUUUAAAAUCUCCGUCAUGUACGACAUCGCAAAGGGUAUGUCUUACCUGCACUCCAGUAAUAUAGAGAUGCACGGGAGACUUAAAUCUACCAACUGCGUGGUGGACAACCGCAUGGUGGUGAAAAUCACAGACUUUGGCUGCAAUACUAUUCUGACCCCACAGAAAGACCUGUGGACCGCUCCUGAACACCUGCGCGUGCUGGGGAUCUCUCAGAAAGGAGACGUGUACAGUUUCGCUAUAAUCGCUCAUGAGAUCAUUCUGAGACAGUGUCCUUUCUACACUGAGAGCUGCUCGGAUGUGGCAGAGAAACUGUACCGGGUUCAGUAUCCGAGUGGACCCAACAUCUUCAGACCUGACCUCAACUUUGAGACUGCUGGAGAGAGAGAAGUGGAGAUGUAUGUGCUAAUUAAGAGCUGCUGGGAUGAAGAUCCGGAAAAGAGGCCGGACUUUAAGAAGAUAGAGAACUCUUUGGGGAAGAUCUUCAGUAACCUGCAUGACCAGGCCAACGCUAGCUACAUGGACAAUCUGAUCCGACGGCUGCAGAUGUACUCCCGCAACCUGGAGCAUCUGGUGGAGGAGAGAACCGCACUGUACAAGGCAGAGAGAGACCGAGCUGACCAGCUCAACUUCAUGCUGCUGCCCGGGCCCGUGGUGCGGUCGCUGAAGGAGACGGGUCGUGUGGAGCCGGAGUUGUUCGACGAGGUCACCAUUUACUUCAGCGAUAUCGUGGGCUUCACCACCCUCUGCCACUACAGCACGCCCAUGGAGGUGGUGGACAUGCUCAACGACAUGUACAAAAACUUCGACAGCAUCCUCGACAGCCAUGACGUCUAUAAGGUGGAGACUAUAGGCGACGCGUAUAUGGUGGCGUCCGGUUUGCCCCGGCGGAAUGGGAACCGGCACGCGGUGGACAUCUGUCACAUGGCUCUGGACAUUUUGGAGUUUAUGGGGACAUUUCAGCUCCGUCACCUGCCAGGAAUACCGCUCUGGAUCCGUAUAGGCGUCCACUCAGGACCCUGUGCAGCAGGUGUUGUGGGGAAUAAAAUGCCACGUUACUGCUUAUUUGGAGACACGGUGAACACUGCGUCACGAAUGGAGUCGACAGGACUGCCUCUGAGGAUCCACGUGAGCCAGUCAACGAUCAACAUCCUCCAGAGGACAGACUGUCAGUUUGAGUACGAGACACGAGGAGAGACCUUCCUCAAGGGUAAAGGAAAGGAGAUGACGUACUGGAUGAAAGGUGUAACAGGACAGAAGUACAACCUGCCCGCUCCACCGACAGCAGAGAACUUCCAGCGCCUGCAGCAGGACCUGGCCGAUCUGAUUGUCUCCACGCUCGCUAAACGAGGGAACGAGAUAAGAAAGACUCUCUCCACACGCCAGCGCAGGAGCCAGAGACGCGGCAGCGACGGCUUCCCCGAGUACCUGCACCUGACUGACCCCAGCACUUACCUGUAGCUCACACACACACA